AUGGAGCCGACAGUCGUCAUUUUCAACACCCUUUGGGGCAUGUCCCCAGGAGACGUCACCCUGGCCCCGACUACAUCCCUUACCAUCCGCCCAGAGCAGUUCCGCGCAGGGGAAAUACCCCUCCCCGCAGGAUCCACUUUCUGGAUCGAGUGGCGUGGCGAAGAGCAGCGAUGGGUCAGAAGGGCGCGCUUUGAUGACGACGUCAGUCGUGUCGGAGGUUUCUCCGUUAUCCUUCCGGACCCCGAGCCAAGGCAGCCCAGCCCGACGGUGCCGCAGAGCCAAGGAGCCCGGCGCCAAGCCAACCAGCCGCCAGUACCACCUCACGGGGGCGCUUCCCCGAACGCCGCCAGACCGCCGCAGCCCCCACAGCACACUGCGGACCUCUCCGAGUCCGAAAUGGCCCAGCUCGGACGGUCAAGGCCUCCUUUAUGCAGCGACAUCUACAACCACGAGGAGAGCCCUCCUCCACCUCCGGUGACCCAACGCGACCUGACAACUCGGCCGUAUAGAAGGGGAGAACCUCUGGUACCCGAGCACGAGGCAAUCAUGGAGUAUACGGUUGGUAAUGUCCUCAACCUGCUGCGCGACACUCUCCACAACCUGCUCGAAGCUUCUUUUCAGCAGACCAGCGAAACAGUUACUAUCCUCGCGUACAAAGCCUGUCACUAUGUGGGCAAGCUGGAGACCCUACAGGAGGCAAGACAGCGCGAAGCCUCCGAACAAGUCACUCUGGGUCUCUCCGCAGGGAACUGCCCCUCGCCACUUCCCGACAACGCUGAACAGGUGAUUGACCCUGCCACCGUCGUCUUCAGAGUCCAGAAUCCCCUCCUGGAGACAGAGGCCACCCUGAUGCACCUGGGGGAGCACCACCAUGAGCUUCCGAACCGGCACCUUCGUAAAGAGCUCCUUCGCUUAGAUGGUUUGGUCCAAGAUGCGAAAGCCAUGAUGGCUAGCUGGGGGCGUGACCCCAGAGCGCCAAGCAGCGAAGCUGGUAUCUCCAGCUUGAAAAAUGCACUUCAGUCGCUUACGUGGGCGCAGCUGGCAGUCGAGGAGGGGUCUAUCCUCCAAACCAGUGAAGCUCUUCAAGCAGUACUACAGGCCGUCCAAAGGGGAAACGCCUCUAUGCAGCACCUCUUGGAGUGGCUAAGCACCAAGUUCACGGGUGACGUCGUGCGGGGGAGCCCAUCUCCCAAGAAGCGGAAGCUGGAGGAAAGGGCCAGUGGCAGCGCGCAGGCCAUGCAAUUCCAAGACGAAGGAGCUGCUAGGUUCUUCCCUUUUUGGACCAGCAGACGGCGUCUUCGCGUGGACGUCCGCAGUCUGGGGGACGCCCACUUUUGUCGUGCCGGACGUGCCAGCUACUAUAUGGAGGAGCACACGGUGAGCCAGUUUGCCGAUGCAGCCUCCGACGCCGGCACAGUCCUCCUCGGGGUCACACCCCUGGCAUCCAAUCAGGGACGUGAUCAGGCCUCCCGAAGCCCAUGUGCGAGGGAGGAGCGGGGGCGACCCCUGAGCAGACACAGUCGAGCUGGUCAACGACGGGAAAGCCACCGCCGCCGACGCAUGCAUGCCGCCUUCGCGCCGGACACGGACGACAGCGACCCAGACGCAGAGGACUGA